UUCGCCGGCGACCUUCAUCCUCUUUUUGACUUCCGUCUGUUAAGCACCUUCGACUCUACGCUUCUAAAUAUAUUUUUAGUUUUUUUUCAUUCUUUUCAGCAUGUUGGCAUUUACACCGUACUUCGUCAUGUUCGGCGUCGCUUUAGUCUCGUUGGCGGCAGCGCAAACGCCUCCAGGCAUGACGAUGAAUACCAGCUUCACCACAAAUGGCAUGCAGACAGAAAACAAUACCAUGUCGGGAACGACCCAAAACGACAACACCACCCGGAAUGACACCGAUGUUCCCGUUACGACCCGGAGUAACGAUCAAAAAGGUAACAAAACAGUAGGCACAACUUCUGUGACCACGCCUCCACCUAUCACUAUAUUAUCCAUCUCCACCACCAAAUUGAAGGGAAAUCGCAUGGAUCCAACUACCACCACAGCAAAGCCGUACACUAAAGACAAACGCUAUGACACCACCGGCAUCAUCAUCCUGAUUUUGAUCAUCGUGGUCGCCAUCGGAUUCGUAAUGGCUUGCUACAUCUCCAAGAGGCGAGCAAGGCGCCACGCCAUGGACUUUACGACAAGGGCGGAUGAAGCCAACGUCCCUCUUAGCGCCGUGGAGCCCGUGUUAGCCAUUGACAACACGCCAAAGAAUGGUUUGCAGACCUUUGAAAAUGGGGAAAAAAUGGCCAAAGAACAAGAAGAAGAAGAAGAAAAAGAAGAAGAAAAAGAAGAAGAAAAAGAAGCAAAAACGGAGGCGGAAAGUGAGCCAAAAGCUGAAGCUGAAGCCCCACCCGUGGAUGAAUCACAGAAGAAAGACCAAGACGCCGAACCGGUGAAAUCGGACCAACCGGCCGAGAGUCCGAAGAAUGAGAACAACAGCAACAAUGACGUGACGUCUGGGAAAGAUCCCAACUCACCCGACGUCUUUCGGGAGAUUUCCUUGGACAGCCAGGUGUGAGAUCCGACGCACCGCCCAGCAGCUUUGAGCAUCUUCCUAAAACACGGGUAAGAGAUCGACGACUCCAGAAACCAAGCAAGUUACUUGUAUUAAUAAUGAAUGUAAAGAAGCUAAAGAGGUGAAUAAGAUAUUUUAGUGCCAAAUGAGUUUUUGUAAUUGUAAAAUAUUGGAGAUCAUUUGUAUAAGAUAUGAUGAAGGCUAGAUCAUGAUAUUUGUUUAUCACUGUCCAAUAAACUCAAGACGUAACUCAAAAUUCCUUU